AUGGCAGAUGAACAUGGUGAAAGAUUCAGGUUGAGAUCUCGGUCACCUCAUAGAAUGGUCGAUAUUCUUCUUGGCAAUGAAGGAGCUCCAUCGAGGAGAGUACCUGGGCUCAGAGGUCACUUGGUAUAUGCCGAUGAUGUUGGAGAUACAUAUGUGCAAAAUCAUCAAUCCACUAAUCAACGACAGCUUCGAUGUUCACGUUACGAAUGGGGAUGCACUGCUACUGCAUCAAUGUCGAUAUUCCCAGAAAAUAGUCCGAUUGUAAUGUAUCAACCACACAAUCAUCACGUGGGGCAUGAUAUAGAGAUUGGGGCAUUCUACGAUGCAAUGAGACGGCGUGCUUUAACAGAGGGGACACCUGCACGGAUAAUUCUAGAAGAAGAGGCGAGGAGAUAUUUUAGAUUUCCAAAUGCAGCUAUAGAGGUGUCUCGUGAGCAAGCACUACGGGCAAUGCGCUAUGUGCAACAAAGUGUGAAUCCACCAAUACCAGAUAAUCUCAGGGCCAUGGGAGAGAUUAUUGUGUCACCAACAUGGCAAAGUCGUCUACUUUAUUCUGUAGACGAUAAUGCACCAUUCUUCCAUGGAAACUUAGAGUUCAUAGUCAAUGAAGAAUUGAUUUUUUUAAAUUUGGCAUUUUUACGACGCAUUGCUCCAUACCUGCGUGAAGCAAGAGUCUUGGCAAUUGAUGGCACAUUUGGUGUCAUUCCGCGAGUUCCUGCUGAUGCCGAGCAGUUGAUCACAAUCCACGCUGUCUUGGACAAUGUCUCAGUUCCUGUGGUAUAUGCUUUACUAAAUCGCAGAACACAAAACGUCUACUUAGGACUGUGGCAAUAUGUGCGAAAUAAUUUACCAGAAGAUAUUUUUGACUGGCAAAAUGUAAGUAUUGUUUCAGACUUUGAAACAGCCAUGCGAAAUGCAAUACAAAUAGGGAUUCCAGAAUGCCAAUUGAUCGGGUGCUGGUUCCAUUUUUGCCAGGUAAUAAUCAAAUUGUGCAUUAAUGUUUUUAUUAUUGUAUAGUAUUUUUCUGGAUUCUUUAA